GGCUGUCUCUGCCUGUCUGCUGGGGUCUCCCGCCAUCCACACUGGCUGGGCUGCUGGAGGCUUGGGAGCCUCUCCUGGUGGUGACUUCUCCAACCCUGGUCCCAUCAGCCACUCUGCCCCAAGAUGGGUCGUGGGGCCGGCCGAGAGUACUCGCCCGCUGCCACGACUGCGGAAAAUGGGGGCGGCAAGAAAAAGCAGAAAGAGAAGGAACUGGAUGAGCUGAAGAAGGAGGUGACCAUGGAUGACCACAAGCUAUCCCUGGACGAGCUGGGCCGCAAGUACCAAGUGGAUCUGUCCAAGGGCCUCACCAACCAGCGGGCACAGGACAUCCUGGCUCGGGAUGGACCCAACGCUCUCACCCCCCCUCCCACCACCCCCGAGUGGGUCAAGUUCUGUCGCCAGCUUUUUGGGGGCUUCUCCAUCCUGCUGUGGAUCGGGGCCAUCCUCUGCUUCCUGGCCUAUGGCAUCCAGGCUGCCAUGGAGGAUGAGCCAUCCAAUGACAACCUCUAUCUGGGUGUGGUGCUGGCAGCCGUGGUCAUCGUCACCGGCUGCUUCUCCUACUACCAGGAGGCCAAGAGCUCCAAGAUCAUGGAUUCCUUCAAAAACAUGGUGCCUCAGCAAGCCCUCGUGGUGCGGGAGGGAGAGAAGAUGCAGAUCAACGCAGAGGAGGUGGUGGUUGGAGACCUGGUGGAGGUGAAGGGUGGCGACCGCGUCCCUGCUGACCUCCGGAUCAUCUCCUCGCACGGCUGUAAGGUGGAUAACUCAUCCCUCACAGGCGAGUCAGAGCCCCAGACCCGCUCCCCCGAGUUCACCCACGAGAACCCCCUGGAGACCCGCAAUAUCUGUUUCUUCUCUACCAACUGUGUGGAAGGCACGGCCAGGGGCAUCGUGAUUGCCACAGGCGACCGGACGGUGAUGGGCCGCAUAGCCACUCUGGCCUCGGGCUUGGAGGUCGGGCGGACUCCGAUAGCUAUGGAGAUCGAGCACUUCAUCCAGCUGAUCACCGGGGUGGCCGUGUUCCUGGGCGUCUCCUUCUUCGUGCUCUCGCUCAUCCUGGGCUACAGCUGGCUGGAAGCCGUCAUCUUCCUCAUCGGCAUCAUCGUGGCCAACGUGCCCGAGGGGCUGCUGGCCACCGUCACUGUGUGUCUGACCCUGACAGCCAAGCGCAUGGCGCGGAAGAACUGCCUGGUAAAGAACCUUGAGGCGGUGGAGACACUGGGCUCCACCUCCACCAUCUGCUCAGAUAAGACGGGCACCCUCACCCAGAACCGCAUGACCGUUGCCCACAUGUGGUUUGACAACCAGAUCCAUGAGGCCGACACCACCGAAGACCAGUCUGGGGCCACUUUCGACAAGCGCUCCCCCACUUGGACAGCCCUGUCUCGGAUUGCUGGCCUCUGCAAUCGCGCUGUCUUCAAGGCCGGGCAGGAAAACAUCUCUGUGUCUAAGCGGGACACGGCCGGCGAUGCCUCCGAGUCCGCUCUGCUCAAGUGCAUCGAGCUGUCCUGCGGUUCCGUGAGGAAGAUGCGGGAAAGGAACCCCAAGGUGGCGGAGAUCCCUUUCAACUCUACCAACAAGUACCAGCUGUCCAUCCACGAGCGAGAAGACAGCCCCCAGAGCCACGUGCUGGUGAUGAAGGGGGCCCCGGAGCGCAUCCUGGACCGCUGCUCCUCCAUCCUAGUGCAGGGCAAGGAGAUCCCGCUGGACAAGGAGAUGCAAGACGCGUUCCAAAAUGCCUACAUGGAGCUGGGAGGACUGGGGGAACGUGUGCUGGGAUUCUGUCACCUGAAUCUUCCCUCUGGAAAGUUCCCUCGGGGCUUCAAAUUCGACACGGAUGAGGUCAACUUCCCCACGGAGAAGCUCUGCUUCGUGGGCCUCAUGUCUAUGAUCGACCCUCCCAGGGCUGCGGUGCCAGACGCUGUGGGCAAGUGCCGAAGCGCGGGCAUCAAGGUGAUCAUGGUGACCGGGGAUCACCCUAUCACCGCCAAGGCCAUUGCCAAAGGAGUGGGCAUCAUAUCAGAGGGCAACGAGACUGUGGAGGACAUCGCAGCCCGGCUCAACAUCCCUGUGAGUCAAGUCAACCCCAGAGAGGCCAAGGCGUGCGUGGUGCACGGCUCAGACCUGAAGGACAUGACUUCGGAGGAGCUGGACGACCUCCUGAAGAACCACACGGAGAUCGUGUUUGCCCGGACGUCCCCGCAGCAGAAGCUGAUCAUCGUGGAGGGCUGCCAGAGGCAGGGCGCCAUCGUGGCGGUGACGGGUGACGGGGUGAACGACUCCCCCGCACUGAAGAAGGCCGACAUUGGCAUUGCCAUGGGCAUCGCCGGCUCGGACGUCUCCAAGCAGGCGGCCGACAUGAUCCUGCUGGACGACAACUUCGCCUCCAUCGUCACGGGCGUGGAGGAGGGCCGCCUGAUCUUCGACAACCUGAAGAAAUCCAUCGCCUACACCCUGACCAGCAACAUCCCAGAGAUCACGCCCUUCCUGCUCUUCAUCAUCGCCAACAUCCCCCUCCCUUUGGGCACCGUGACCAUCCUCUGCAUUGACCUGGGCACCGACAUGGUCCCUGCCAUCUCCUUGGCCUAUGAGGCCGCUGAGAGCGACAUCAUGAAGCGCCAACCCAGAAACCCGCAGACAGACAAGCUGGUGAACGAGCGGCUCAUCAGCAUGGCCUACGGACAGAUCGGGAUGAUCCAGGCCCUGGGCGGCUUCUUCACCUACUUUGUGAUUCUGGCCGAGAAUGGUUUCCUGCCGUCACGGCUGCUGGGGAUCCGUCUGGACUGGGAUGACCGCUCCAGGAAUGACCUGGAGGACAGCUAUGGACAGGAGUGGACCUACGAGCAGCGGAAGGUGGUGGAGUUCACGUGCCACACGGCCUUCUUCGCCAGCAUCGUGGUGGUGCAGUGGGCUGACCUCAUCAUCUGCAAGACACGCCGCAACUCCGUCUUCCAGCAGGGCAUGAAGAACAAGAUCCUGAUAUUUGGGCUCCUGGAGGAGACCGCGCUGGCUGCCUUUCUGUCUUACUGCCCAGGCAUGGGGGUUGCCCUCCGCAUGUACCCGCUCAAGGUCACUUGGUGGUUCUGUGCCUUCCCCUACAGUCUCCUCAUCUUCAUCUACGAUGAAGUCCGGAAGCUCAUCCUACGGCGAUAUCCUGGUGGCUGGGUGGAGAAGGAGACGUACUACUGAGCCCAUCGGAAGGAGAACCAAGCAUGGGGAAGGCGGGGUGCCCUGGAGGGGUUGCAGGAAUGGUGAUGGGGGGGAUGGGCGAGACCAGGCACUAUUGAUGGGAAGGAUUUGGGGAGAGAGAAAGCAGGAACUCAGCCGGCAGGUUGCGGGGGAGUGGGAUGAUUGCCCCAUAGGUCCAAUUAUCAACAGUCAGAUUAGACACUACAUGUUAGGAUCCCCAGCCUAGACCCUGCCCACCCAUCCCCAUGGUGUUAUGAAAUUGAGGAUCACUCCAGCCCUUCCGGUUCCUUAUCCCUUCACCCCUACCUCCUACUAGAACAAAUGGGCAUCCAAAGGCCAGGCCCCGUGGACACCAGCAGAAGGGAAGCCCUCUGAGAUCCCUCUCUCUCCAGCCACACUCCACCUCCCACUUCCACCCCUUGUGUGCUUCCUGCCCAACUCGGUCCUCGAACUGCUUUCCCCAGAGACCUUGACACCACAAAGGGUCCCUCCUGGUGAGUGCCCGAGACUAGAAAGGGGGGCUCCUGGGAGAGGCCAGGUGAGUCCUCCAGUCAAGAGAAGAGAGCUCUCUAAGAGGGAUAGCUGCCUGUGUCCUUCCCUGGCGCUGCCCCACCAGCCCGGGAAAAGAGUUCCUGGCUAUUGGUUGGAAUUGGUGUGGGAAAAUUUCCAGAACCUUCUGGCAUUCCAGGGACGUGCAGAAUCAGCUUAAGCCAUAAACGUGGUCAAAAUCUGGGGGCAACAAGUCGGGAGACAUUGUGAGGAGACUUGCCCUUGACCUCUCAGAUGGCAGGGCUGUUUCUCCCAGACGAAUUCCCAUCGGGACACUGGGUGCAGGUGCGCUGGAAUGGGGAGUUGGGGGUAUGUCUCUCCAAGGGACGCUGGUCCUUGCCUUGCCCCUUCUACACCUGGCCCUUUUGCCCCACAGGCAGCUCUGCCCUUUCAUUCGCUAGGCCUUGCCUCAAAGGCACUGGGAAUGUCCGGUAGAGGCCCAGCUGUGCAUGCAAGUGAGAAGGGGAGGCCCACGGAAAGUGCCAGACCUCAGGCAGAAGGGAAGGAAGCAGGAAAGACAAACACGAGGUCGGCCCAUCUGUAGAGCCCCCAGAGCAAUGAUUGUAUCGCACUGGGAUCUUACUUUAGCAGAUGCUCCUUGAAAGAAGUGAGUCAUUGCCAAGGGCUUGGAAAUUUUCAUGGGAAGCCGUACUGAUUUGGACCCAAUUAAUUUGAUAUCGUGGACCGGACAGCGUUUAUCUUUCUCCUUACAGUCCAUGAAAAGGACCUUUGUUCAGCCAAUUAAAGACCUAACCCAUAUUGCUAGGGGUGGCAUCCUUAGUCAACCUAAAACAAAUCCUCUCCGGGCACCUUAGGGAUAUCCAUUUAGAAGUAGAAAACGCAAGAGCUAAUCGUCGUCCGUCUUUAUGUAUUUGGUAAAGAAGCAGCUACAGGACUUUUACGCGGUGAUGUUUUGUAAGACAUUAGUUUGGGGCACAGCGUAUGUACUUGAACAUAAUAAAGUUGCAAUUCUUUAUGGACAAAAGAAA